CGUCAGCAUGAAAAGGUACCUUUAGACUUCUUUCUGCUAGCAGCCAAAAAAACACUGUGUGUCGCCGGCUUUAUUUAUUGAAUGUGUCAUAUCUUUGAAUUUAUCCUACUUGAUAUAUUUAAGUUAAAUACGGUUUUGUUUAAAAAUAAAUGUUCCAUUAAAAAUAAGUACUCUUUUUAGUGUGUAUAUUAUUCUUUGCAAAAUGUUUCGUACAUCAAUCAAAUUAAAAAAUGUCAUAGGUUAUGUCAACGAGUUAAAUUAUUUGAUUAUAUAUCCACAACAACUUAAGAAUGAAUGUUUGCAAUAUAGUUUGCAAUUUCCAGUCAAUAAUUUUUGUACACAAAAACUUCCAAAAAGCGCUAAUGUUUUUGGAGAUAUAUCGGGCAGAAAAUUUGAGCGCUUUGAAAUGGAUGAGCUCGAACAAAAAGAAGAGAAAUUUCAGGAUACAGAAGCUUGUGUUCCACGUCGAUUGAAACCGAGCUUAGGCCAGUAUGCUAAGAUGAUUAAGUCAUAUAUAUCCAAAAACAAUUUGAAUUCUGCUGUAGAAGUGCUUGACUUAAUAAAAGAAAAUCGAGACAAGCCCACAGUAUAUCUAUAUAAUCUUUUAUUGUACUCUUUUGCUAGACAGGGUGAUAUAAAGCGAUGCUUUAGUUUGUAUAAUAAAAUGAAACAGCAUGGAUUGCAGCCGAAUGCAGCAACAUACACUAGUUUGUUUAACGCGUGUGCUUUAAGUAAUAAAGAUGCAAUGGCUCUGGAAUAUUUAAACAGAUUACGACAGUCGCUUUAUGAGAAACAAUUUCCAUUGAAUGAAGCACAUUAUAAUGCUAUGAUAAAGGCGUACAGUUGGCACAAUAAAAUCAUUGAAGCCUUUCAAUUGGCAGACGAGAUGAAGGAUAGACGUAUUCCCAUCAGAGAAAUCACUUACAACUCCUUAUUCCAUGGAGCAAUUUCUGACAAGGAAGCUGGUUUGCGACAUGCUCUGAUUGUAUGGCAUUUAAUGCAUUUAAAAAAUAUCAAACGGAGUUUGAUUACUUAUAAUCUUUUUUUGAGAGCAAUCAGAGACACUAAUUUGGGAAAUUUGAAGCCUGAUGAUAUCCUAGUUUCAGGAUUGGAUCAGACUAGAAUUUCAUUAAUAGAAGGGACAAGGCCUGAUUUGCUGGCUUCUCCACCUAUUUUGAGUACCCUUUCAUUAACAAAAAAAGAAGAAAACAUUGUGUCUGAUAUCAAUACAAAGAUACAGAAAGAAACAAUAAAUAUCAACGAUAUGUUAGUCAACAAUCGUCUGAUUUUGUUCGGUGGCCUGGAAGGAUUUCUAAAUCGAAUGUCUAAUGAUGGUGUUAAACCCAACGCCAAAACCAUUACACUGCUCCUCGAUUUAAUUCCAAAUACAGUGCCUGCUGAAAAUCUACUCAUCAAAACUGCAGAUGAGAAAGAUAUUAAACUAGAUAUAGAUUUCUUUAAUAUGCUUAUUAAAAGACGUAGCAUGCGAUUUGACUAUAAAUCUGCAAAGGAGGUGAUAAGCAUAGCAGAAAAGAAAGGACUUUCUCCAAACGUAAUGACAUUUGGAGUUUUAGCACUUGGUUGCCAAAAAUACGAAGAUGCUAAAGAAUUCUUAAAAGGAAUAGAGAUUUUUGGCUACAAACCUAAUGCUGUAAUCAUGAGUACUCUCAUCAGUAUAGCUUGCUAUAACAAAAAUUUUGAAUAUUUGCUGUUUGUAAUGAAAUACAUGAUGGAAAAUAAAAUAAAACCUAAUGAACAAGCUAUCGAAAAUUUAAAGAAGUUUUCACAAGAAUUAUCGAAGAUAAAAAAGCCAACGGGAAAAUAUAAAGUUCGAAAACUAAAACGUUUAGAGGGGAACAUCGAGAAAUUUGAACAACAAUAUCCUAAAUGGAGAAAAAUGAUAAAACAAUAAUUCAUUUAACAAAAUAUUUUUACAAAACGGUUUUUCUUAUAAAAAAGUUUAUAUAUUGUAGAUAUAUAUAAUUAA